UAAGGAUUGGAUGCCUCUGCUUAACUCUUUUGUGUUGCUCUUUUUACUUGGUAAAGGUCUAUAUAAACUACCUAUCUACCUACUAAAACACACACAUUGAAUAGAAGAUGGAGUUCAUUGUUAUUCCCUUUGCCAUCCUCCUCACCAUCGCUCUUUCAAUCAUCUUCUACAAACACAAAAUGGGCAUUAAGAAUCUCCCUCCUGGAAGCACCGGUUGGCCGCUCAUCGGUGAAAGCAUAGAAUUUUUGACCAUAAAAAUUCUUGCAAUGCUUUAUCUCGGGAUAAGGCCACUCGACAAGCUCCCAGUGACAGUGCUAUCACUUUCUUUUGUCAAGUAUAUCUGGCGAAUAGCAGAUAAAAUUCUUGGAUUGCUUAUCGGAGGCCACGACACUGCCAGUGCUGCUAUCACUUUUGUUGUCAAGUAUCUGGCGGAGAUGCCUCAAGUAUACGAGAAGGUCUUUGAGGAACAAAUGAGGAUCGCAAAAGCAAAAGUAGCAGGAGAGCUGUUGAACUGGGAAGACAUACAAAAGAUGAAAUAUUCAUGGAACGUAGCAUGUGAAGUGAUGAGACUUGCACCUCCUCUGCAAGGAGCCUUCAGGGAGGCCAUCACAGACUUCACAUAUGCUGAUUAUACCAUUCCAAAGGGAUGGAAGCUUUAUUGGAGUGCCAAUUCCACACAUAGAAACCCUGAAUGUUUCCAUGACCCUGAAAAAUUCGACCCAUCAAGGUUCGAUGGGAAUGGACCUGCCCCUUACACAUUCGUUCCUUUUGGAGGAGGCCCCAGGAUGUGCCCUGGUAAAGAAUAUGCUCGAUUGGAAAUUCUGAUUUUCAUGCACAACAUCGUCAAAAAAUUCAAAUGGGAGAAGUUGCUUCCUCAAGAGAACAUUAUUGUCGAUCCUCUUCCAAUCCCUGCUAAAGGCCUUCCCAUUGUUCUCCAUCCCCACGGACACUAAUCAUCUCGUUCCUCCAUUUCUUAUUCUGUAUUCUCUAUUUCUGUUAUUUAUUUCAAUCCAUGGAACUUCAUUGUUUCUCCUAAUUAUUUUCUCUAUUUUUACCUUUUAAUUCCCUUUUAUUUGAAAGAAAUCAAUAAAAAAAAACAUAUUUACUUGGAUCAA